AAAUUGUUACCACGAAAUAGUAGUUUUUAUAGCGUACUGGCAUUGCUUUCCGUCAUCGAUAUCACUCUUGUUUCGGGCGUGUACUUCAUUUAUGCGUGAAUUGAGAAAAACAGCCAGUUUACUUGCGUUGCCUUCUCUAAAAACGUUUACAGCACUGUAUAUAAUAUACUAGCAAUGCUAUCGUCGUUUCUACCACACCCCUAGUACCUCGAUCGUUUACGUGUUUUCAAGUUAAGCCGUAUUCCAGGCUAGUGGCUGGCCUUAAUCGGUUUUCUGAGUGAUGUGCUGUGGUAUGUGUGAAAGUUAGCUCGGCUAAUGGUGUGCAGUGCUUAAUUCGUGGAUAUCGGACGUACAUUGAUGGGCUGUAAUAUUGCGCGGAAGGCGGCAACGGAGCCGCACCGGCGGGGUCUUGCUUCCUGGAGGGCUUACGUUAAAAUCCGCCACACUGGAACUGAUGGAAUUGGAGAACAUCGUCGCCAACACUGUCUACUUGAAAGCCAGAGAGGGCGGUUCCGAUAGCAACAAGGGCAAAAGCAAAAAGUGGCGGAAGAUCCUCCAGUUCCCACACAUAUCACAAUGUUUAGAUAUAAAAACAAAAAUAGAUGUAGGUUACGACUACGUAGUGGAUCAGCAACCCAUAGGCAAGAUCCUCUUUCGACAGUUUUGUGAGAGGACUCGGCCUGAUUACCAUAAGUACAACAACUUUUUAGAUGUGGCGGAGCGGUACGAGGUCGAGGUGGACGAGUCUAGAGUAGCACUCGCCGCUGAGGUGUUUGGCCGUUACCUGAAGACUGAAGACGGCGAGGCAGUCACAGACGUCGUCAGUACCCGCGUCAUCGAAGACGCGAGCGCGCUUCUAGAAGGCGGUUCCAAAGAUAUAUUUUCAGAAUGCAUACGAUGCGUGAAAAACUUCUUGGCGGGGACCCCAUUCGCGGAGUUCGAGAGGUCCAUGUACUUCCAUCGGUAUCUGCAGUGGAAGUGGCUGGAAGCGCAGCCCGUCACGCAGCACACCUUCAGGAUGUACAGGGUCUUAGGGAAAGGGGGCUUCGGCGAGGUCUGCGCAUGUCAGGUACGAGCGACAGGUAAAAUGUACGCGUGUAAGAAAUUGGAGAAGAAAAGGAUAAAAAAACGGAAAGGCGAAGCGAUGGUACUCAUAGAGAAGCAAAUUCUUCAGCGGAUUAAUUCUAGAUUCGUGGUGAACCUCGCCUAUGCUUACGAGACAAAGGAUGCACUGUGUUUAGUCCUCACUAUCAUGAAUGGCGGCGAUCUUAAAUUUCACAUCUACAAUAUGUGUGGUGCGGAUACUGGAUUAGGACUGGAGCGGUCGAGGUUCUACGCUGCACAGGUCGCCUGUGGCCUAGAGCAUUUGCAUAAGAUGGGCAUCGUAUAUAGAGACUGUAAGCCUGAGAAUAUUUUAUUGGAUGACGCGGGCCACGUUCGCAUCUCUGACUUGGGGUUGGCGGUGGAUGUGCCAAUCGACGGCAGCGUCCGCGGCCGCGUCGGCACCGUUGGAUACAUGGCUCCCGAGGUGAUAGACAACGAGAGGUAUACUUUCAGUCCAGAUUGGUUUUCAUUCGGGUGUCUGGUGUACGAAAUGAUCGAAGGUCGGGCGCCUUUCCGCGCGCGGAAGGAAAAGGUGAAGAGGGAAGAAGUCGAUCGACGAGUCAAGCAUGAACAGGAGAAAUACUCGAGCAAGUUCAGCGAUUGCGCGCGUUCGUUGUGCUCUGGGUUACUCGCGAAAGGUCCAGCCGCGCGGCUCGGCUGCGGUGCUGGUCGGCGUGGCGCCGCACGUGUCAAGCAGCACAGAUUUUUUGCUAUGCUCAACUGGGCGCGGCUCGAGGCUGGCAUGGUGGAGGCACCCUUCGUACCUGAUCCGCACGCUGUAUACGCGAAGGACGUACUAGACAUCGAGCAGUUUUCAACGGUGAAGGGUGUGAACUUGGACGCAGCGGACGACACCUUCUACGGCAAGUUCAACACUGGCUCCGUGAGCAUACCGUGGCAGACUGAGAUGAUCGAGACCGGCUGCUUCGCUGAGCUCAACGUGUUCGCAAGAGCUGAGGAUGGGCGAGAGGCCCGCACUGCAGAUCUACAGCUGGCGCCCGCGGCCGCGCCCGCAGACGAGCCUCGCGGCUGCUUCGUAUUCGCACGUCGGGUCCUGUGCCCGCAAAAGAAGGUGCCCCCGCGACUGCGACCGGUACCGGUGCCCGAGCACCUGCUGCAGCCCGCGUCGGCAGCGCCGACUGCCGCCGCGCCUCCCGCACCGCCCGCGACACAGCCUCCGCCCGAGGACGCCACCGUCAACAGCUGACCAUCGGACGACCAUCUGACAUCACACUAAGUCUACGUAUGUAUACACGUCGCUCGGCUGGGCUCCCCUGCUUCUAGGGGUCCUGCGCCUCCCCCGAGGCUAAUCGUCCAGGGGUCCCUCAUCUAAAAGAUUUGGAAGUACUCUUUCAGAUCUGCGACUCUGUGUCGGCUAGGUCUACAUUCAGAGUUGUAGAUCCAGAUUCAUUAAAGAAUUUAAAAGAAGCCACAAGUGGCCUGAAGGAAGUCGUCCGCAAUUAUAACAGCUUGUGUAGCUAGCAGAAUUUGUCUGUAAGUAUUGGAAAAAAAUAAUUGUAAGGUGCAUCGCCUAAAGGCGUCCACUGUAAAAUCCUAUUUUUGUUUCAGUCUGUGAUUUAAUGUUUAAAAAUGUCACUAAAUUAAAAAAAAAUAAAAAAUAAACAUAGACUUAAAAAUUACAAUUUAGUUGUUGAUUUGGUCGCCUACCGAUUGCUUAUAAUUCAUAAACACUAACCUAUUUUUCAGUUUUUUAAUUGUCAAAUAAAAAUAGAGUUACUCUUUGUGAAUUAUCAAUAAUUUUUAACUGACCAAAUGUCAAAAUACUGACUAGGUUGAAAAGUUCCUUGUUUUGCAACAGAACUAUAACGGGACUAGUAAACAGUCUGAUAAUCUUAAGCAGAUAUCAUACAGUUUAUUGUAUAAUUGACUGUUUCAUAAAGUGAUCGACGUGACGAUUGCUUGCCUUUUCUUUCGUUUUUAUUGCUCGUUACUAGUGCGGAAGUGAAGAGGACAUGCGCGUAUUAGUCGUUUUUGAAAUUGUUAUUUUUGUGCUAGAAUAACAUUCUAUUUUCAGAUUUAAUGAAUUUUUAUUAUGAGGGUACUUUUUUAUUGUAGAUUUGUAAAGUUUUCAUAGUAUUUUACUGUACUGUUUGAAUUUUCAAAGAAAAUGUAUAUGGUAUAAUAUUUACUACAUAUCUUAUAUAAUAAUACUGUUAUAGUAUUACAUUAUCUGUGUCUAUAUGUAGGGAGUUCUCCAUCUAGGUCUGUCGGUUCGACUAUAUAAUCGUAUUAAUCUUUGGAACCAUGACAUAAUAUUUAGAUAUUAGUUUAUGUAUAUAUGUUUAUUUAUAUGAAACAACUUUUUAGUAUCUCUGUAUUGUAUAAAUAAAUUGUAUUGUAUGCAGUAUUCACUUAUAUCGCCUAUUUUAUUAUUAUUUUAUAUUAUUCAUAACUAAAGAACUUAAGCUAUUAGAAGAUACUCGUAUUGAGGGGAAUAUUAGUAUUAUAUACAACACGGUUUUUAAAUGUUUUUAAAUGUCAGGCUUUUAUUUAAAUAAAAAAAAAA